AUGCUUCCAAGAUUUUUUAAGUCAUCAUUUAAGUCUAUACGAGAACCAUUUGUACUUAUUACACAUAAUAGUGAUACUCCUACACCAGGAAUAUAUGACAAAUAUUUAUUAAAUCCCAAAAUACUUCAUUGGUACGCAUCCAAUCUUAAUCAAAGAAAUCUUCAAAAAAUAUCUCCUAUUCCGAUUGGAGUAGCUAAUACACGAUGGAUACAAGGAAAUUUAAGUAAAAUAACAUUUGCUUUGAAAAACCAUCGCAAACCUUGGUCUCAACGAACAACUUUUCUUUAUGUUAAUUUUGAAAUUACAACAAACACUGUUGAACGAACAAAAGCUCUGUCACAAGCAUCAACAAUUGAAAAUGUAUAUAUACCUAAAAAAAGGUUUCUAUUUGAAAAUUAUUUAGAGCAGAUAGGUAACACUAAAUUUGUUUUAUCACCACCCGGUGGUGGAAUUGAUUGUCUUCGAACAUGGGAAGCUUUAUUAAUGGGUGCAGUACCUAUUGUUCUCACAAGUGGACUUGAUCCUUUAUUUACUAAAACAAGAUCUAUUAUUAUUGAUGAUUGGUCAAAAUUGUCAUACGGCUUUUUAUCAUCAUUCAAUUCUUCGUUGGAUGAUCGCUAUGUACCCGAUGUUUUAUAUGCUGAAUAUUGGCGUCGAACAGUUUUCAAGCAUCGAAAGAGAGUUGAUUAA